GUAGUAACUGACAAAUCUAACAGUUAUAUAGAUGAGAGUACUAGAGUCGAGAGAGGAUCAUUACUCCUGGUGAUGUUGGUUGGUUGUGUUGAGCCCUAUCUUACUAUUUUUACAGGUGGUCACUGAUCACUGCUAUUACUAGUGCUGCCGCGGUCCGGUCCAGAACCACGGUUCGAACCGGACUUUUGGUCCGGUUCUCUGUGGUUCGGUCCAUGGUCCUCAUGCCAGCCCGAACCGGACCGGAAAACGGUUCUCGGUUCUAGGUCCUCCCGAACGGUUCCAUUUUGGUUCGGCCUUCCCGAACCAUUCCGAACCCUUAUCGACUUCGACUUCGACAUCAUCUGCUUCGACGUCAAACUGUGGUCUUCGGGAUUUGCACUCUCGGUUGAUCAUGCUGCCUUUGGGCUUUUUGAAGCUUGUUUUGAGAACCGGUUUUGGUACAGCCCAGGGGCACAUUCCAUCCGCUGGCCGCGUCGAUAUUUCAAACGGGAACUAUGCAGAGAACCUAGUCCUGGAGGGUGUUGCUGGCAUAGGCGAGUCAGACAAACUGAAACUCGUAGACGUCAAGGAUACCUCCAAGUAUACCACCCUCUGCUUGGCUGCGGCGCAUGUGCUCGUUCGUCUCGAUGAUGGCACGAUCGUCGGCGAAUGGUAUGAUGUGACAUACAAGUGGUAUACCAGGUGUGGAAGCCGUGUUUUGGCUCUAGGAACGAAAGAAAGCAUGUCGAUCGACAAGAUCAAUAAAUUACCUCGCGAGGAUGUUGAGAGUUGCCUUGUGUUUGCUGGAUUCUUAGUCUUCUACUGAGAAUUUUCGGGUUCGGUUCGAGUUCGGACCAGAAAAAAACCGAACCGGACCACAGAGAACGGUUCUCUGUGGUCCGGUUCUGGGUUCGAAGAUUUUGUAGAACCGAACCAUGGUCCGGUUCUUGGUUCUCGUCCAGGACCCUCUGAACUGGACCGAACCGGACCACGGCAGCACUAG